UUUAUCAACAUAGGACACUUUAUCACUUUGUCGCUGUCACGUCCUAGUACUUUCCACAGGAAUCCCACCGUCGCUUGAUGGAAUAGCUGGACGCGAUCCAUUGGCGCCCAACAUGCGCCUCGCCGCCCUCUUCCUUUCCGCUCUCGUCUCCACCGUCUCCGCUGCCUCCAGUCAGACCGUAACCCUCCAUGCCUGGCCGACAUCUGCUCCCACUCCGACGCCCUUUGCAACCGUUGUAUACUCCACAGCACAAACGCCUUCAGGCGAAGAUGUCGCUCCACAGCACAAGGCGGAGAUAAAAUCCUUCACUUCGCCCAUUGCCCCUACGGAUGAUGUACGGAGCGAGGAUGCGUCGCUCUUCCGCAUCGGCCACUUCGACCGCACCAAGCAUUUCUCCUCCUCCCUAGCCUCCAGCGUCAUCUUCGCCCCCGGUCAACGCCAGCGAAUUGUGCUGCACGUCGACGAGCACGGCGAGCUCUGGCGCACCGAACUCCACAGCGCGACUAUCUCCGCGCCGGAGAAGAAAAAGAAGAAGCCGACGGGACCUUCGAAGCCGAAGAGCCAGAAGCGACUGGAACGGGAGGCGGCACGGGCGAAGACCGAGGCCAAAGAGAAGGCGCGGAAAGAAAGGACCAGGCUGAGGAAGGAAGGGAAACUGAAGCCGGGGGAGAAAUUGCCCGUGACAGUGGAAGAGGAGCCGGCGCAGGUGGUGGUAGAGAUAAAAGGACCCAAUCCAGGGGCGGAACCUGUGUUGAAUGCGCCGGUGACUUUGAAUCCUGAUGGGAGAGUUGAAGGCGCGGAGGGGCCGGAGGAGAAGACAUUCUUGCAGAAGUAUUGGUGGCUGCUCCUUGCCUUCAUAGCCGUACAGGUUCUUGUAGGUGGGAAUAAGGAGUAAUAUCAAGGCUACCUACGGAGGUCGCCUGGAACUUGGAUAGUGCACUACCUGGAGAGCAAGAGCUAGGAUAAACCUGCCGAUUUUCUCGACACGGGGUUGGACAUGGCGACGUGCUGGAGAGGAUGGCUCAUCGCUGCUCUUAGCUUUGAGAGGCAGCAUUGAAUGAAGAAGGGGGUAAAAGCCUUCAAUAUAUUAGACCACAUCUUGCAAACCUCUCUAUUCAUGGCAAGCUAGUAGGAGUGCUGUUCUUCAGCAUUUCUACCGCCUACAUGUUUUUGGACAGUUGCAUGAAUAGGGACAGUUGAAACGUCCACAGGUACCAGCUAUGCUUUCCUGGGUCGAUCAUGCUCGUUAAUAAUAGAAGAGAAGCCAUAUUUUAUCUCGUAGAAUAUGGAUCUCGUAGAAUAUGGAUCUAGGUGAAUUUGGUAUAAUAUGAGAUAUAAU